GUCGGUGGCAGCAGCUCCUGCGGCCGCGCCGGCUCAGAAAAAGCCGGACUCGCCGCCGCCUCGGAAGCCGGAGAAGCGGGCAGCCGAGCAGCCGAAGAAGCAGGCUGCAAAGAGUCCGAAGAAAACGUCCGGGCCCAACGAGGAGCUAGCCAAGCUCUUCGACGAGUUGUCCUCCUUCGAGUUUAAGAAAGGAGGCACCAGCAAGUUUGCCGGCGUCGCCUACAAGAGUGUGGCUGGUACUCUACGUGGGCUGGACGAGAAGGUCAUCUCCGGAAAGUCGAUCGCUCAUCUGAAGGGUGUCGGAAAGGAAACUGUUAAGAAGAUUGACCAGUACAUUGAGACCGGCAGCAUUGAAAGGCUGGAGAAGUACCGCAACGGAGAGGAUUGA